CGUGUGACACGACGUUCUUGCAGACGCUUUCACACUGGACUUGUAUAUGGCAGUGCAGUAGACAAACACUGAAUGAAACGAAACCAUACACGUGUUAUGUUGAUGCACGCAGACAGAUAUAUUUAAUAAACAUGACUGCACAGCGACGAGGAAUCAGUAAAAAUCCAGAAAGUAGCGCCAUUGAAAAGAAAAUUAAGAGGGGAAAUGCGCAGAGACAGGCCUCCUCUUGGAGAGGUAACGUGAUCACGCUGCUGCUGCUGGCAGGAGUCACUGGACUAGUGAGCUGGAUGUAUUUCACAUGGACUGAUGACUUGACACACACAUUGGUUUCAAGAAACGAGAUCCUAACUCAUCCUAGAGUGUUCACAGUUGAGUGCUCUGAAGACUACAAGAAGUACAAGCGCUUCACAGGUUGCACCCCAACAAAAUGCGGCAGAGCCAUUUCAGACAGUGUUGUGACUUUGGAGGAGGCGCAGAAGCUUAGAAGGUUAGCUGAGCGGGGCUUAUCACUUGCUGGCUCAGAUGGUGGUGCCUCCAUCCUGGAUCUUCACUCUGGGGCGUUGUCGAUGGGGAAGCAGUUUGUGAAUAUCUAUAAAUAUUUUAAGAAUGAGAUAAGGGAUGUUUUUACAGAAGAAGAUUUUGAACUGUACAGGGAUGUCCGUAGCCGAAUUCAAAAGGCAAUAACAGAGACGUUUGGUCUGGACUCCAAACAGAUGUACCUCACCAAGCCCACCUUCUUCUCUCGCAUCAACAGCACCUCUGCCAAAACCACUCAUGAUGAGUACUGGCACCCACAUAUCGAUAAGGAGACUUAUGGAUCCUUUGACUACACGUCUUUGCUCUACUUGUCUGAUUAUGGGUUGGAGUUCGGUGGUGGACGGUUUGUCUUCAUGGACCCCAGUAGCAACAGGACAGUGGAGCCACGUGCUGGUCGGGUGUCAUUCUUCUCAUCUGGUUCUGAGAACCUCCAUCAUGUGGAGAAGGUCACUUGGGGUACACGAUAUGCCAUUACGGUGUCCUUCACAUGUGACCCCGAUUAUGCCAUUGAUAACCCCUCCCUGCCGUAGGAUCCAACCAGCUCAAAGGGACGGAUGAGUGACAGGAACCCUAGGGCGAACACACAGGAAAAUGCUGAAGCAACUGUCGGGUUCAUGGCAUAAGAAUCUCUUAUUGUCCCGUUAGAAAAAUGUUUGGGAUUUUCUGUGCUCAAAGGGGUUUUGUCUCCUUUUAAGUUUUUCACUGAAAUGGUGUUUUGUAUUUGUAUUUUGUACUUGAAUUCCCAUCAUUUUGAAGACACACGUCUUGACUUUUGCUCUGAAGGUGCUUCUUUACAAUUGAAUUCUCUCUUUCCUGGCUGUGCUUCAUUCUUUAACAUCUUUUAUAUUAUUAUAGUUAAAUCACUGUCUAGACAGGAGGCAAAAGUGGGAUGAGAGAACAAGUUGCAUGUAAUGAAAACAAGGAGCUAGAAGAUAUUCCUGUGUAUGUCACCACCUGAAAAAUGUUCAGUCUGAAAACUAUUUAUGCUACUAAUGAAACAUCAAUGCAUCUGAUACCCAAAGAUUAUUUCAUUCCUUUAGCCAUGUAUUCCUACUUUUCCUUUUCCUUCCUACUACCUUUUCGAUAUCUUUGAUAAAAGAGUGUUAUAAUAUUCAAAGACAGAAGCAAAGUUUACUUUGUAUGUCUUUUAUUCUAAGGUCUCUUUAACUGUCCAGUGCCAAGUAUGACACAUUAUUGCAUGUCUGAUGAGCUUUUGGAAAAACAUUCCCUCCUUCCACGGUGUUGCUUUUAAUUACACUGACAUUAUUGGUUGAAAGUCAAGUUCAGCCAGACACAACACAUUCGUUUUUGACACCUUGUUUUGAGAUGUAACCGUUAAUUGGCUUCUCUGUUUACAGACCCACGGCCCAAAACUGAGUGCUCUCUCCGUUGUGUGAGAUGAAGCGAGAUUCAAAGCAGAAGGUUGUUACUUCUCUCACAUUAAGCAUGGGUAACCAUCAAAAUCUUCUCAGUAGUUUGUUUGUAUACCAUGCUAUGAAUCGUUCAAAACCUGUGGUGAAUUUUAGGGAACAACACAGGCUUUUUAGACAAAUUCUGAAUCCGCUUACAUUUUAUGCUCGUUAUUCAAAUGCAUGCAUCAGCUUUAUUAUAAUAGGAAGAGAAGUCUGUUUGCUCUCUACUCAUAUGUGAUGAUUCAUGAAUUUUGGCUAAUGCCUAAUUUGCUGUUCCUGUUGCAUCACCAAUAGCUUAAUUGGAAAUCUCUCUUGGUCUGUAAUGUUCCUUUUUUCAGCUGCUAAUUCAUUCAUGCUUUAGCUGCUGCAAGGCUGAAUAUUAACUAGUGUGCAAAGAGUCCUUCUUCUAAAUGUAUCAUUUCAGGUUUAUGCAAAUCAAGUAGGUUUGCCAACAGCAAUCAGAGUUUUGUGUCUCAGGGUAGAUCACCUCAGUGACUAGGCUGAACUGUUGAUUUAUUGCCAUUGCAUACAGUAGAUUGAAAUGCAAUCCUUCCACAUCCUGUGGAGUUGCUUAUUUAUCUGUGAUGAGCUGCGUUUGCUAGAGAUGAUGUUGGAGUUGGAUGUGUUGCUCGUGCGUAAUUGUGCUUGUUUUGUAAAAUGGGGCGGAUUUUUGAUCCUGUUCAAAAGUAUGGGUUCAGUAAGAUUUUUAUUUUUUAUGCUUUACAAGGCAUCUCUUAUGCUUGUCAAGGCUGAAUUUCUUUGAUCAAAAUACAGUAAUAAACAGUAAUAUUGUGAAAUAUUAUAACAAUUUUAAAUAACUGUUUUCUUGUUUAAUUUAUAAUAAAAUGAAAUGUAUUAACGUAUAUGAUGCCAAAGCUGAAUGUCAAAUCAGUGUUGAAAACAGUUGUACUGCUUAACACUUUUGUGGAAACAUUUAUACAGUUUUUUGUUUGUUUGUUUGUUUUGUCAGGAUUCCUUGAAUAAGAAAGUUCAAAAGAACAACACUUUUUUAAUAUGCAUAUUUCUACAAUGUAAAAGUAUUAUUUCCUUAAAAAAUAUGUAAAAUCUUACUGACUCCACAUUUUUGAAUGGUGUAAAUCAAUGUUUUGGCUACACUGUAAAAAAAGUUCAGUAAAAUUUAUGGUAAAAAACUGGCAGCUGUGGUUGCCGGAAUUCUACCGUAAAAUAUACGGUAGCAACAUUUUAGGUUUUACGGUUUUAACUUAAAUUUAUAGUUAAAUACCGUAAUUUCAUUAACUGAUAUAAUGUUAAUAUACCAACCAAUUGAAAUACUGAAAUCUGUUUUGUACCUUUGAAAUACAUUGAUAACCACCAAAUGCAGAAGGUGAUGAGAAAGUCACAUGAUGAACCAAAGCCCAUCACAAGCUUUUAAAUAAUAACAUAUAUAGAAGGUGCACAGUGUCGUUCACACAAACACUAAACACCAUCAUGGUGAGACUCAUUAAACUGAAAUAUGCAAUAAACAUUAAUUUAACAACAUUAGAUGUAACAUACAACCCUAAUAAACAUAACUGAUAAGAAAAAACUAAGAAGAAACCUAGUUAUUUCAAAGAAAAAACAUCAAAUUCAAACAAAAUUUGAAAUGCAACGCAGAGAAUUCUGGGAACGUCAAUUUACGUUUUUUCCCUGUAAAUUUUACAUUCUUUUUCACUUCCAAAAGCGGUAUUUCACCGUAAAAUUGUCUGAAAUGUCUAUUACAGUUUUUCACUGUAUAUAUUACGGGAACUUACCGUUAACCAUUUAACAGCUUUUUACCGUAGCUUCUUCACAGUAUUUUACCGUUAAAAUCACGGUCAUUAUUUACAGUGUAAAUACUGUACAUUUGCAUAAGAGUAGGAGUGUCUUACAGAAUGUGCUAGUUUGAUGUACAUUAGUCCUCUUUUAACUAUGAUAUUGUAAUCCUUUUAAGAUCUUUCUUAAUCUCAUUACAUUCUUACAUGUGUUAUCUGGUCCUAAAGAUUACAUUUUGCCUGAUUAUUGGCAGCAGCUUCAAUGUUUCGGACUGGAAUGUAAGUGUACAGCUUUUGGAAGCGAGGUUUAGCCAGUGGGUGUUGUGAUUUUGAAGAACAGAUGUUGCUAAUUAAAUGAUACAGCAAAACAAAUGAUGGACACAUUCAAGCUUGCAGUUCAACCACAAGCAAUUCGCAAGAAAUUCUGGAUUGAUGGCUAGAGUAACACAAGCUUCCCUCUGGCGAUACCGUUUACACUUAAGUCAUGCAAUUUCCUAUGACUUCUUACUUGCAGAGCCCAACAAUAACACGUACAGUGAGAUUGUGAUUUAUUUAAUUUCUUGAAAAGACUGAUAAAUAGGAAAGGAAAUGUGUAACGUUUGACUGGCGCCUUCAAUCUGUGGUUGUGCAAUUUGUUAUUAAAGGGCUUUAUUUAAUAUGA